AUGGCUUCCUGGUUCCAGAUCCCCAAGAACUCUCCGUUCUCCUUGGCCAAUAUCCCCUUCGGCAUCAUCUCCGCUCAGUCUGCCUCGCGCGUACCGGCCAUUGCCAUCGGUGACCAUGCUUUGAACUUGAACGCCUUCGCCUCUUCGGGAGGUUUCUCACAAUUGCCCGCUAUCCAGCAGCACUUGAGUGUCUUUGACCAGCCGACUCUCAAUGCAUUCGCUGCUCUGGGUCGCCCCGUGCAUCGCCAAGUGCGCGAGUACUUGCAGAACGUCUUCCGCGCCGACACCCAAUUCCCUCAGGUGCUGAAGGACAAUGCCGAUCUGCAGAAGUCGGCGCUCGUGCCGCUUUCUGAGGUCACCAACCAUCUUCCCAUGCAGAUUGGCGAUUACACUGAUUUUUACGCCGGUCUGAACCACGCCUAUAACAUUGGAGUGCUCUUCCGCGGGCCGGAUAACGCACUGCAGCCCAACUACAGGCAUCUGCCAGUCGCCUACCACGGCCGUGCUUCGUCCGUUGUUCCCUCGGGCACUCCUCUGCACCGUCCUAGCGGUCAGAUCCUAGUCAACCCCGCUGCCGAUCCUAAGAUCCCUACUUUCUCCCCUUGCAAGAAGUUGGAUAUCGAGCUGGAGCUGGCUUGCUUUAUUAGCAAGCCCAACGACCUUGGCAAGCCCGUCUCUAUCGAAGAGGCUGAGGACCACAUUUUCGGCCUGGUUCUCAUGAACGACUGGUCCGCCCGUGAUAUCCAGGCUUGGGAGUAUAUCCCGCUGGGACCCUUCAACGCCAAGAACUUUGGUACCACCAUCACUCCCUGGGUUGUCCUGCUCGAUGCCCUGGAGCCCUUCCGUGCGGCCGGUCUGGAGCCUGGAAACCGCGACUCCCUCCUGCCUUACCUGCGCGAGAAGCGCGCCGAGAACGCCUAUGAGAUCCCUCUCGAGGUAGAGAUCACCAACAAGGGUGGUCAGCCUACCCUGAUCUCUAACAGCAACGCUCGUAACCUGCUCUACUCCUUCCCUCAGAUGGUUGCUCACCACACCAUUACUGGCUGCAACUUGAGGACUGGUGAUCUGUUGGGCUCCGGUACCAUCUCCGGCAAGGAUGCUAAGACCCAGGGCAGUUUCCUUGAGCAGACCAACGGCAAGAACCCCAUCAAGCUUGCCGAUGGCUCGGAGCGUAUGUUCCUCGAGGACGGUGAUACGAUCAUUCUGCGCGGUACUGCUGGUACCGAGGGUAACUACGUCGGAUUCGGCGACUGCGUUGGUACUAUCCUUCCUGCCGUCUCGCUAUAA